AUGUCAUCUAGGAGUGAAGCGAUAACGUGCGAGUUCUGUAUUGCAUUACAGGUGCGAGUUCUGUAUUGCAUUACAGGUGCGAGUUCCCUCGUGUUGAAACCGAAGACGACCGACGACGUUUCGCGCAUCAUGGCACACUGCGAUAAGCGCCAUCUGGCGGUGGUUCCGCAGGGCGGGAACACGGGCCUGGUCGGAGGCAGCGUUCCUGUGUUUGAUGAGGUCGUGCUUAGCACUGCGCUCAUGAAUAAGAUUCUAGACCUCGAUGAGAUAUCAGGUGUUGUCACGUGUCAGGCAGGCUGCAUCCUGGAGACGUUGGAUGACCACGUCGCGGAGCGCGGACUCGCGAUGCCGCUAGACCUCGGAGCGAAAGCAAGCUGUCACAUCGGUGGCAACGUGUCGACGUCCGCUGGUGGCCUGCGUCUGAUCCGAUACGGAUCGCUACAUGGGAGCGUGCUUGGCCUAGAAGCCGUGCUAGCGAGUGGAGAGGUGCUGGACUGCAUGUCAGGGAUGAGGAAGGACAACACGGGAUACGACCUCAAGCAGCUGCUGAUUGGCUCAGAGGGAACGCUGGGCGUGGUCACCAAGGUGGCCAUCUUGUGUCCCAGCAGACCGGCGGCAGUCAACGUGGCAUUGUUGGCCUGUAACAGCUUUGCAGAUGUGCUAAAGACACUGCAGAAGGGCAAGGCUAUGCUCAGUGAGAUACUGUCUGCCUUCGAGCUGAUUGACAGUGCUUCCAUGAUGGCCGUGGAAAAGUACCUGCACCUCAGGAAUCCUCUCUCGAGCGGAGAGUUCUACUGUCUCAUCGAGACGUCGGGGUCACACGCAGGUCACGACGAAGAGAAGCUGACAGCGUUCCUAGACAGCGUCAUGGAGGAGGGGAGCGUGUGCGAUGGCACUGUCGCUCAGGGUAUUACCCAGCAGAAGGAUCUGUGGGCGCUGCGUGAGCGCGUCGCGGAGGCGUUGCUACGGGAAGGCUACACGUACAAGUACGACGUCUCACUGCCGACGCGUCAUUUCUACGACAUCGUCGUCGACAUGAGGCGCCACCUGGCGGGCGCCGCCGUGCUCGGUUGCUAUGGUUACGGUCACGUCGGCGACGGCAACGUGCACCUGAACGUGACGACGCGUCAGUACGACGCCGACGUGGGUCACCGCAUCGAGCCGUACGUGUUCGAGUGGGUGAGGGGGCGCCACGGUAGCAUCAGCGCGGAGCAUGGGCUCGGGUUUAAGAAGCGAGAUUUCAUUCACUACAGCAAGGCUGCGUCGGCGGUCGCCUGGAUGAAGCGGUUCAAGACAUUGAUGGAUCCCAACGGCAUCCUCAACCCGUACAAAACGCUGCCCGAGUGAUGGCCGCGCCAUGCUGAAACAAGAGUGCAUGCUUCUGCUGGCAGCCUCAACCCGUACAAAACGCUGCCCGAGUGAUGGCCACGCCAUGCUGAAACAAGAGUGCAUGCUUCUGCUGGCAGCCCCAUCCUGUACAAAACGCUGCCCGAGUGAUGGCCGCGCCAUGCUGAAAGAAGAGUGCAUGCUUCUGCUGGCAUCUUCAACCCGUACAAAACGCUGCCCGAGUGAUGGCCUCGCCAUGCUGAAACAAGAGUGCAUGCUUCUGCUGGCAUCCUUAGUCUGUGAAUAACGCUGCCCGAGUGAUGGCCGCGCCAUGCUGAAACAAGAGUGCAUGCUUCUGCUGGCAUCCCUAGUCUGUGAAUAACGCUCCCCGAGUGAUGGCCUCGCCAUGCUGAAACAAGAGUGCAUGCUUCUGCUGGCAUCUUCAAUCAAUGCCAAACGCUCCCCCAAUGAUGGCUCUGCCAUGCUGAAACAAGAGUGCUGCUCAGGACAUUGGACUAGUCGUAGAGUACAAGCCGUUGCACCUACCAUGCCAGGGCAGGUAUUAUUUAUCUACUCUUGAGUAUAGUAAGUGGCAUUGGGCUUGCCUUCUAGGCGUCUACGACGGCCAUUCAAGUGGAUCUGUAGAUGGUUCUGUAGUAGCGCCUGGGGGCCUGCGGCUGCAUCAAGCCUGUAGAUGGUUGAUUGUGAUGUACAUGUACUUAUACAUGUAUGAGUGCAUGUUGUAGACUUACCCUGUUGUUAGUGAAUCUGGGAGUGCUCACCUGUUAAGCUGUGAAUGUAGACACUAUUGUAUCAAAGCUGUACGCCUUAGUAUUGUCACACGUACGCUUAGCAGAUAAUCUUCAGUUACUCACGCAUGUGAACUUCGUUGUGAUACUAGGUUAAGCUAUCCCAUGGGAUGAUCCUGUAGAAAUUGUUGUUGUAUAGUCUGUGAUAAUAGAACAAGUCGUGACAGUGCGCGGGUGAUAUAUGCAAAUAAAGGAAAGUUGUUACGUGAUACAAGGACA